AUGCACAAAUAUUCUUACCAUAAGUACUUUGAGCAAAAAUCAAAGUGGACUAUUAAAGGAUUUUUAGAGGAUUGUGAUCUAGAACCGCUUGAACGGAAAACAGAGUGUUAUAUUAAGUGCCUCGAAGCAAUUGCCGAUACUGAAAAAGGCCAAAGACGUCAACAAGCAAAACAACUACUGCAUAGAUAUAGAUCGGGCAUGGGUGACCUCCGGGGUUAUCUAAUGUUCAAGGCUCUGGGCUGGACUGGCAAUGGCUCCACUGGGGCACAGGGAAUGCGACCUGAUUAUCAAAUAGCUAAAAAUUGGGACAAUGAUCGUAAAUCCUCGAUUAACCUUUAUCAACCAACAUUUAAUGGCAAUUCUCUGGGUGUUGCAAAUAUCAGAGGUGGAACUAAAUUAUCAGGAAAUCAGAUCGAUAAUUCAACGUCUGAAUCAGGGUGCAAGAGAGCUUACGAAAAUGAAAAAGAAGUUUAUGUGAUUAGUGAUGAUGACGACACUCUUGAUUCCUCCAAUUCCUCUGAUUCCUCUGUUUCUUUCAAAUCCACUCAUUCAGAUAAUAACAAUAAGAAGGCAAGAAAAAAACGCGAAGAUACAGAAGAAACACGAAGUACCAAUGCUCACCUAUUUUUAUCACCACAAAAACUGACCCUUUCUGAAAACUCAGCGCAAUACUUACCUAAUCAUAUAACAAUAAAUACAAACGAGCAACAUGCAAUUUUAAAAACUGAGGAGGUUUCUAUAAAAAUUCCGGAUAUAAUUUAUAACUGGCUUAUCAAAGUACUUUCGACUGAUAAGAAAGAAUUUAAAAAUGCCAUUAUGGCACAAAUUGAAUCGGAUCGUGAAGAUCAUCAUCAUUUUCGUCAAGUAUGCGAACUAAUUCUUUACGACUUUUAUCAUACGACGCGAUUAUGUCCAUUGGAUCGUAAUAUAAAUGAGAGAACCUAUACCGUGGAAAGAAUUGUUCCUCUCUUUAAGGCAUUACAAUCGGAAUAUCCAGGAUAUAAAUUUAGCUGGAUUGAGAUUGAAGUAAAAGGCAUUAAAGAAAUGUUGAAGAUUUUUCCGGACUUUGAUUUAGUAAUGAAUAAAGCCGAUGGCAUAGGUAUCAAGGUUUCGUGUAACCAAGCAGUUGUGUUUAUUGAAGUAUCCGGUAGUCCUAGCAAGCCUGAUGAAAAACACAUAAAAGAUGACGCAGAAAAACUUUUGAAGGAGGCAACAUUUGGGUUGGUUUCAUUAUUAAGAAAUUAUUUGGAUAAACCUGCCGAGAUGGCUAAAAACGUGCAUAUAUAUAUGAUACAAUGCAUCGGUGAUAGGAUAACAUUAAGUGAAUUUUCGCUUAAUGAAAAAUAUCGUUACAAAACCUCACAGAUCAAAUCCGCCCGAUUGCCAUUUUCAUUUGCUGAAAUUGCAGACUAUUUGGAAAUUUUUGAACUGUUAUAUGCUUUAAUAGAUGGGCUUGAAAAUCAAACAAAAAUAUUACACGAAUUAAGGUUAUCCCCUAAUGAUCAUGUGCCUAAAGUUCGAGACUGGCUUUGGGUUCCGGACACAACUGCAAGUUGGACAGGCGGAUUGACAACAUAA